AUGCCUGAUCCUAGGAGGAGAAAGAGCAGACAUCUGCUGACGCCAGAACUGCUUUCGUCGUCCAUCCAAAUUACCAACUUGCCGCAAUCGUGGAAUCAGGAUACCAUAACGUCGAUAGUUGCCGGCUCAGGCCCCAUAACUAAUGUGUCAACCAGGACGGAUCCACGCAAUGGAAAGGUGUUGGGUAUAAUAGUCGACUAUGCCACCAGUAAAGAUAGUAAACGCGCACUUGACAUCCUCAGGAAAAUAAAGAAAUUCCCUUGCGAGCUGGAAAGGAUUAUACCACCUAAUUAUAAAGAUGCCAAAAAGGAUGCGGCUGCAUUAGAAUUUAAUAGAGACUCGUACCCAUGGGAGUUUGGACUAGAACUGCCUUUUGAACUGGUGUCAGAAGUCCCAUUACCGAGGAGACCGACGAACCCGGUGCCAUCGGUCAAUGUCGAAUCCAACGCAUCUGGAAGCGCUCCAACGUCAUUCCCUGUCAUUCUCAGCAAAGCCUCCAAGCAUCUCCCUGCGCUUCAGCCUGGUGCUCUUACAACCCCAGAUCCUAUAUCAAUGAAUUUGAGUAAAAUACCACCUCUCCAAUUACUGGAGAUGAUAUCGAAUUUGAAAAUAUUGGCCAACCAAGACGCAAAGCGCAGUCAGUUGGAAAAUUUCUUGGGUACAAACAUGGAUAUUUCCGUAGCGGUGACCCAGGCUAUGCUUGAAAUGGGCUUCAUAAAUUAUAAUGUUGUAACUAAAAUACUGACCGAGCAACAAAGCAAGGUCUUUUCUCCUCCUGUUCAGAACAAUUCAACGGUUUACAGCAGUGGCAAUUCGCAAAACAGCACACCUAUAAGUAAUAACACUGUUCCCCUCAAUUCGUAUGUCGCGCCCCCACAGCCACUUGCGCAACCUCCUCAGCAGCAAGCUCCGCAGACAAUGGGUUUCAAUGCUCCUUCAUUCGGCUUUACCCAAGCGUCGCCGCCACCUUUUUUCGCACCUCUGGCUCCUGUGAAUAACGGAACACCCCAAAUUAAUAUGGUGAAGCUGUCAUCUCUGCCACAACAACAACAAGAUAUGAUAAAGCAAGUGCUUCAGUUGCCGGCCGAUCAAGUUAGGUUACUCCCACCUGACCAAAUAGCUAUGGUGGAAAACUUCAAGAAAGAAUAUCUUUUGUAG